AUGAUCCACGACGUCGCCCUCGACUACUACGGCCGGCGCAUGGCCACCUGCUCGUCCGACCGCAAAAUCAAAAUCUUUGAGAUCGAGGGCGAGACCCAGCGAUUAGUAGAGACUCUCAAGGGCCACGAGGCCGCCGUCUGGUCCGUGUCCUGGGCCCAUCCCAAGUACGGCAGCAUCCUGGCGUCGGCCAGCUACGACGGCAAGGUCUUUAUCUGGCGCGAGCAGGCCGGCACCUGGCAGCGCCUCUUUGACUUUGCCCUCCACAAGGCCUCCGUCAACCUCGUCGCCUGGUCACCGCACGAGGCCGGCUGCCUGCUGGCCUGCGCCUCGUCCGACGGCGCCGUCAGUGUCCUCGAGUUCAAGGACAACAGCUUCGAGCACACCACCUUCCCCGCCCACGGCCUCGGCGUCAACGGCGUCUCCUGGGCCCCCGCCACCUCCGCCGGCAGCCUCAUUUCCAGCAACCCCUCGCCCAGCGCCGCCGGCAACCGCCGCUUCGUCACCGGCGGCAGCGACAACGUCCUGCGCAUCUGGGCCUGGGACCCGGCCACCGCCGCCUACGUCGCCGAGGGCGAGCCGCUCACGGGCCACACGGACUGGGUGCGCGACGUCGCCUGGAGCCCCACCGUCCUGCAAAAGAGCUACAUUGCGAGCGCCAGCCAGGACAAGACCGUGCGCAUCUGGACGGCCGACGCACAGGCGCCGGGCGCCAACGGCAGCAGCGGCGGCGGCGGCUGGUCGAGCAAGGUGCUCGAGUUUGACUCGGCCGUGUGGCGCGUCAACUGGAGCUUGAGCGGGAACGUGCUGGCCGUCAGCACGGCCAAUAACAAGAUUACCAUGUGGAAAGAGAACCUCAAGGGCGAGUGGGAGUCGGUCAAAACCAUGGGCGCGUAG